AUGCUGUGCAAUAAAUUACUGAAGCUUGCGAGCAAAACAGUUCAAACCGUGUCCACAAACCGAAUAGCUGUUGCUGCUGCAUCGAGCCUAAACGUUCGAUCGUUUUCAGCAUCAAUCAGUCAGGAAUAUGUCGUCGACAAUACGAUCGCACACAAAACGUUUUCCGACACGAUAAUACAAACCGUCAACGAAGCUGUAAAAAACAAUAACCGAUUGUUUGCUGUCGUACAUAUAUGCGGUAAGCAGUUCAAAGUCACCGACAACGACCUGGUGCUGAUAGACGGUUACUGGCCCCCAAAUGUCGGGGAUCGUAUCAAGUUGCAAAAAGUGCUGUUAGUUGGUGGCAAAGACUUCACACUGAUCGGCAGGCCCGUUUUGGACCCAGACACUGUGCAAGUUACCGCGACGGUGGUUGAUAAAGACCUGUCCCACACCAGAACACACUUCGAACGUAUCAAACGUAAACAAUUCAUGAGGAUCAACUUUAUACGAAAAGAAAUUACAAUGCUCCGGAUCAACUCUGUAUUUAUAACACAAAAUAUUGAUAAUAGAAAAGAAGUUCAGGAAAUGGGAAGACGUGUAAUGUAA